AAAAACCCAUUCGAGUUUCAGUUCUUGUCUAAUUUGACAUACUUUUGACGACAUCGUAACAUGACAUAAAAAAAUAGAUCAAAAUUGAAAAGACGUAUAAAUAUCUAUAACUUUUUCUAAAUUUUUGUUUAAUAAAAAAAAAAUGAAUUGUAAAUCAAAUUGUCCUAAACUACCAUGGAUGGUAGACUUUAAUAGCAAUGAGGCAAAAGAAAUUUUAGAUAACCAAUAUGAAGCGGCGUUCGCACAACGUCAUAUGGAAUAUCUAAGUAAACUUAACAUGAAAUCAAGACCCAACAGAUUUAGAUGUACCCAACUUGUAUGUUUGAUAACCCCAAACACGCCUAUUACUACCAUGGUUGAUCUUUUAACAGACGGCAUGACAGUAGCUAUGGUAUGUGCCCAUAAAACCGAGAAAUGUAAAGAAAUUAUUUCAAAACUGAGAACUUUGGUUGAGGGAUAUAGUCGCAGAAUUGGAAGGGUUUAUCCUUUAGGGGUAGCAUUAGAAAUCAAAGGUCCAGAAAUUAGAAUAGGUGCUCUAAAAGGGUCCUCUAAAAAAAUAUUCCUGGAAAAGGGUAAAGUUACCAAACUAACAACUCAAACAUCUUAUGAAGAAUUCGUUUGUGCUGAUAUGAUUUAUGUAGACUAUGAAAAACUUCCUGAGGUAGUCCAACCAGGAGAUAAGGUUGUGUUAGAUAACGGAUCGGUCACCUUGACAGCUUUGGAAUGCGUAGAGAGUAUUAUUAGGUGUAUAGUCGAAAAGGCUGGAAUGUUGGUAAGCCGUGCUUCAGUUACAGUUCCGAAUGCUAUCGUAGACGUUCCAAAAUUAUCAGCUACUGAUAGAGAACUCAUGAAGAUGGCAGUAACGGAAGCUGUUGAUUAUCUCUUUGUAUCCGGUAUCCAGAAUAAGCAGUCAAUUCUAGAUGUGAAAGAUCUUUUGGGAUUGAGCGGCGACAGUAUUUAUGUUAUAGCAAAAAUAGACAAUUACUCAGCUGUUGAAAAUAUAGACGAAAUUAUUAAAUGUUCUGAUGGAAUUUUCGUUGAUUGUGAGAGGAUGUUGACAGAAAUGCCCAAAGAGAAAAUAUUUUUGGUACAGAAAUCAAUAUCUGCCAAAUGUAACUUAGCUGGUAAACCAGUAAUAGUAACAGCAUCGAUAUCAGACCCAAGGUGCCUUUCUAAAGCUGAAAUUUCCGAUCUAAGCAAUGUAAUCAUGGAAGGUUGUGACGCCCUGCUACUUCCUAGAGAGGCAAACAACCGGGAAAUGUUGAAAAGCGUUACCGUUAUUUGUAAAGAGGCCGAACCCGCGGUGCAUCAGAAACAUAUAUUUGAUGAUCUCUUAACGAAUUUUCCAGCUCCAAUGGAACCAAUUUAUUCUUUGGUUGUUGGUGUUGUUCAAGCGGAAGCGACUAGUAAGGCAGCUGCAAUUAUAUGUUUGACUUCGUCUGGUAGGACGGCCAAGCUUAUUUCUAGAUUCAAACCGAGAUGUCCAAUCAUAGUAAUCACCAGAUAUCCUAGGGUAGCUAGGAUGCUCUCAAUCUAUAGAGGUGUAGAAGCUUUACUCUAUGUCAAACCUUUCUGUGGUCAUUGGCACACUGACGUAGAUAACAGAAUUCAAUUGGGGGUAACAUACGGAAAGUAUAUAGGAUAUAUCAGAAGCGGAGACAUAGUUAUUACAAUCAUGCCUUCGAGGCCUGAAUGUGGUUUGCCUAAUACCAUGAGGAUUCUUUAUGCAUCUGAGUUCGAUACUUUACCUGUUAAUCAAUCUGGAGAAAAGAAAAUGAGCAUUCCAUUGUGUAUCAGCAGAUUGAAAAAUAGAUAGGAGUUAAGAAAAUAUAUAAAGAAUGGUUCAAUUAAUAUAUUGAAUAUACACUUCAAUAUACUAUACAGUGCUUUUCAGAUAAAAGUAUCUACCUUACGUAACUUUUGAAGAAUCGAUUAUUACAAAAUACAAAAAAAAUACGUUAAUUAAUAUUCGAACAUGGUGUUUAACGUAAUUAGUUUAUGAUCUAAAGAAUUUUAAAUUAAAAUAAAAUUAAAUUAUGGAAAACUUUUAUUUUAAUUAUUUUAUUACAAGCGUUUCUAAUGAUAAAACGAAUAUUUCAUUUUUAAAAGGUAACAUAAAAAUUGUCUGAAAUAACCACCAUUUACUUCUCUACAAUGAUAUAAUCUAGUUUGAAGAGCCUCUCUGACAUUACCAAACAAUAUUGCAUUUAAAUUUCGGAAUUCAUCCUCUAUUCUUUUUCGUAAAUCUUCUAAAGGUUCUGGUUGAGUAGCAUACAUUUUUGUUUGCUAAUCACCCCAUAAAAAAGUCUAGGGGUGUUAAAUCCGGUGAUUUAAGUGGCCAGUUUAUCAUCGAGCCUCUUCUACUUAUCUAUCCAACGAGCGGGGAAAGUUUUAUUUAAAAAUUGUAGUACAGACAAAGCAAAGUGUGGAGAUGCUCCAUCCUGUUGAAAUAUAAGCAAAUAUUCAGAAAGGUUAUGAUAAUUUUAUAUUAUUGAAUACGUGGAUCAAUUACUUCUCUCAGUAACUCAAGAUACGAUUCACCAUUUAACUUUUCGUCCAAAAAGAAAGCUUCGACUAUGUGGUCACCUAGGAUACCACACCAUACAUAUAACUUUUGAGGUUUCUGUGU